AUGAAACGCAAAAUUGACGACCAAGGGAAGGAAUCGAACAAAAGCAGCCGAUAUGCAACAAGGACGACGACGAACGCGAAAACAAUUGAAGUGGAAUGCGCGACCGACAUAAGAAAUGGAAACAGCAGCGACAGCACCGACGAGGGAGGAGCGACGCUCCAGAGUGCGUUGGAGUUGUUGGGUCAGUACCGCGCUGAGUUCCAAGGGAUGAAGGAGGCGAUCAAGGAGCAGAGCGAAACCAUCCGUAACCAGCAAGAGACCAUCCGAGAGUUGAGGGAAGCCGUCGAAGGCCAGCUGAAUUGUAUACGAGAUUUGAGCCAACGAUUUGAGGACACCAAGCAGCAGAUGGGCCAUGACCUGAAGCGAGCACACGAGCUGCUUGAAGCUAUCGCAGGGCGCGCUCCGGCUACCCCGCCAGUCUCUUUCGCUGACGUCACGCGU